AUGCUAACCGAGUCUGCUGCUCUCCAAACGCACGAGAGGGGGCUUGACCCCCAAGAGCCUAUGCUGCCCUCAUUCUCUUCUAUUCAAGAUGCAAAGAAGUUCGACGGCAGCCAUCUACCAGACGCUGCCAGUGUGGCGGAGAACUGCCGGGACUUCAGUGAGUCGGAUGAUGUCAUCAAAACGACGCCGUUUCGCUUCGUCAUUGUGGCGCUGUUCUCUGCCUUUGGCUUCGUGAACCAAGUGCAGUACGUCGCGUUCGCCACGAUCACUCGCGAGACACAAAUGUACUUCGGCGUCAGCGCUCUCGAGGUGAACCUCCUCAUCCUUCUUAUUCCCAUUCUCUACGUGGUUGGUGUGGUACCCGGAUGCUUUGUCUACAAUAAAGUAGGUCUGCGCUAUGGCAUGAUUAUCGGCGCGGCACUGAACGCCUUCGCUUCGGUACUGAAGUUCAUUGCCGUCUGGGCCCCCAAGUACCCCCUCCUCGUCGUUGCCCAGGUGUUCGUGGCGGGCGGGCAAAUUCUCUUCCUGAGCUUGCCCCCUCUCAUCGCCGGGAUUUGGUUCCCCCCGAACGAGCGAACAGUGGCGACGGCGGUGGCGACGCUGAUGGGGUUUGCCGGCAUGGCGGUCGGCAUGUUCUACUCACCGUAUGUCAUCUUUCUGCCGAACCAUAACACUCGGAAGGAGUGGGCCGCGUCGAUGGGGUCGCAAUUCGGCUUUUCCAUGUUGGUGCUGCUUCUCAUGUUGACUCUCGCAAGGGACAAGCCGAAGUACCGUCCCUCGUUUACGUCAACGGAACACUACAAGCUGCCGCUACUCAAAUUCCUCAAGUCACAGUUUCAGCACUUGAACUUUGUGCUCCUGACGGUCGCCUUCGGCCUAAUUACAGGCUUCUUCACGGCCCUCGCCGGGAUACUGGGGCAGCUCCUAGAACCCUUCGGCAUUAGCGAAACCAAGUCGGGGAUUCUAGCCUUCGCUGGCAUUCUAGGUGGCGCCGCGAAUUGCGCACUUGUUGGCACCUUUGUGGAUCGAACGCACUACUACAAGUACACAGUUCUGACCCUCGCGGCAAUCUCUACAGCGCUGUUACUGGUGGUGGUUGUCGUCGCUAAGACGACGCCCAAUUUGGGCGCGGUGGUGAUUACCUUCUACAUCUUGGUCCCGCUUCUCGCGUUUUUGGUGCUGCCGAUUCUGCCAGUGGUGAUGGAGCUGGCGGUGGAGCUAACCUACCCCUGCCCCGAGACCGUCUCAUCCACCAUCGUUCUUGCCUCGAUGUGCUUUGUGUCUUUUGCUGGCAUGGUUAUCUUCUCUCUUAUUCUCGGAGACAAGCCGACCAUGGACAGUAGCUUCUACGUUCUCCUCAUCACGUUUCUCGUGUCCGCAGUGAGCUUUGGAAUGCUGUUCUUUGUGAAGGAGCAGCUGCGCCGGAAGGCCCAGGACAAAACCUCCUGCUAG